AUGGAUAUACAAAAAGACCUCAGGCGGAGACGACCUCAGAUGGAGAGUUAUGACCAAAAGCUGGAACAACGGGCAGCAAAACAUGAGUUCUUGAGCGAUCGCAACAAUGUGACGACAUGUCGCAGCCCAGGACACAAGCUGGAGGCCGUCUGGAAGAGUGAAAUGCAGCAUAAAAGACAGAUGGAGUUCCACAGAAGGAGACAGUUUGUCCAGGCUGCCACUCCUCAGGCAGAUGAAAAGGAGUCAAAUAAGGAGACCAAAGUCACAAUGAGGACCAACAGGCAGAGAGUGCCUCUUAUCCACAGACAGUCCCUUAUAUCAGCAGAGGAACUGGGGAUCACCUGGCCAGACGUACACUCCAUCAGGAAGGAGGCUCUGUGUCGAGAAGAUUCUCUGAAACAGAAGCUGUCUCUACUACAGCACACCACCUCUACUAUACUGCUCUCACAGGACAAUGUCUGGAAGAUCUGUUGUAAAGAGGACAAGAUGAAGGGAAAGACUGGGGCACUAGAGUCACAGCUGAAGAUCUGUGGACAGAGGCUGUCUAGGGAUGGAACCAAGAUGCUGCUGCUACAGUCAGAGCAGCAGAGGCAGGAGGUGGAGGAGAUGGCUGUAGCCGCACUCCAGAGGGUCACUGACCAGACGAACAAGGCCCAGGACAGGGCUCACAGCCUGGAGAUGGCACUGCAGACAGCACAGGUUCAGUCAUCACAGUGGAGAGAGCGCUAUGAGGAGGAGAGGAUCAAAUGCACCCAGAUGAGGAAGUCUCUGGUGCAGAACAUAGACAAUAUAAACCUAUUACAGAGCCAGCUCGAGGGAGUGAUAGGACAGGAGGCCACUCUGAAGAGCCAGCUGCUGCAGCACCAACACACUGAGGCUGAGCUCCACCUCAACAUCAGCCUUCUAGAGCACAACCUGCACACCUGCAGGACACAAGACACAUGGAGACAGCAGCAGGAAGACACCAAGAAACAGCAGGAGAUUGUCAAAGGACGGCAACAGGACUCCAUAGAGACGCUGUUGUCCCUGGUUUAUCCUGCUGUCUCUAUUCCUGGUAGUCACGGUGGCAGCCAUUUUGACGUUGUUAUUGGCCGAUAUCCCCACAAGAAGGAAACAGCUGUGAGACCUUUACCAAGUACUACAAGAACACACAGAAAAGUAUCUCUAUGACAUUACCUCAGCAUUGCUAUAGGCCCAUAUGACAAGACCUGGGAACUGGACAACACUCUGAAGAACUUGCUCUGAGGGUUUUGGGAAAUAUGUUUAUUGCAUUUUACUUUAAUGUUUUCUGUAUAGCUCAGUCAACAUUAUAGCGAAGGAUAUGUAUCAUCCAUUGAAAAUGUAAUCUUGAAGUAAAUUUGUAUUUCUAAUGCAUUUUAUGGUUACUGCAUCAUGUUCAUGCAUGCAGUGAGGGAAAAAAGUAUUUGAUCCCCUGCUGAUUUUGUACAUUUGCCCACUGACAAAGCAAUGAUCAGUCUAUAAUUUUUAUGG